UCUGCUGCUUAACAUUAACAAGAUAUUAGAUUAAUUACUUAGCAGACUUACGGCGAGUUUUGCACGGAGAGUUUGGGGCAGCAGAUGAACAGAAGCGAUCUGGGCAAAAUGAAUGGAACAGAUGAGGUUUUGAUUCAAUGUUUAGUCCCCAUCUUGGAUGGGCUGAUCCUGUUGACUGGGCUCAUAGGGCAAACUCUGGUCAUCAUCAUUCUUACUCAGAGGAGGAGGAAACAGAACCAGCCCCCACACAGCACAGACAUCCUACUUCUGGUCCUGAGCGCUGCUGACCUGCUGCUGUUACUGUGCCUGCCCUUCCACACCUCCGCUAUCACCCUGGGCUUCUGGCCGUUCGGCGGCUUCCUGUGCAAAGCGAUCAGUUUCCUGGGCGUGACCUGCUCGGUUGCCUCCGUAUUUACCAUGGCAGCUUUGGCUGUGACUCGCUACCUUACGGUGGUACACCCCACCUGGGCCUUCCGCUUGCGAAUGCACAGGCGCAUUAAACUGACAGUAGCUCUGCUCUGGGUCCCUGCCUCAGCUCUCGCAGCACCACAGUUUGCAUUUCGCACAGUCACCGUGUCCAGUGUUGUGCAGUGCUUCGCCUUCCUGUCUGACUUCAGCCAGCUCGUCUACAGCAUCGCCCUUUUCCUGUUUGGCUUCGCUCUGCCACUAGGCAUCAUUAUAUUGAUGUAUGCAAAGAUUUAUUGUUUUCUUCGAUAUGCACGCCAGGUGGGGAAUGCCCCUCAGCUAGAACGCUACCAGAGACAAGUCACUCACACUUCAGCCCUAUUGGUCGCCGUCUUCACCAUCCUGUGGCUGCCCUCCUAUGUCCUCAUGUUUUCCUUAAUUGGAGGACAUUUAAAAGACUCAUCUGGCAACAAAGUAUUUGCCAUCGUGGCCAGGCUGCUGGCAACCUCAGUGGGUGUGGUAAACCCUGUACUCUACAGCUUUGUGUCUCAGAAGUUUAGGCGAGACUUACUAGAGCUUGGAAGAAGGCAAUGGGCACGGUGCAGGAACUGUGUGAGUGGCUGCCCUUACGCAAUGAGCAGAGACAUGGUACGGCCUUUUGAGGAGGACAGUACCUCAGGGAGAGGCCAAAACUGACUUUACAGAA